AUGAGAAAAUCAAGACUGGUUAUUCAACCGACGAAAUGUCUCAAUCAAAUAGGAUUUUUAUUACUUUUUUUAUCAUGUCCGGUGUUGGGAGAUAUGGGAAGAAUACAACCUGAAAGUGAAGCAUCUCAUUUAGGGGGAACGUGUGGAUUUCAACGUGACACUUUUACAGGAGGAAAUGGGAAAAAAAAUUAUUUUCCUAUUAAAAUCUCCGAUCAAUGUCGACUCGAUUUGACUCACGAAAAAAGAAAAUUAUCCAUGGAUUUAAUUACAAGAGAAACAAAAUGGAGAAAUAACGAUGAAAUCAAUAACGCGGAGAAAAGAAUUCGAUUCGAAAAUGAAAGAAGGAGAAUCGAUAGAAGGAAAUCAAGCGAAGAAAGAUUUUCCGAUAGAAAAAUGGCGGCCGAACGAAGGGAAAUUCAAAAUUUUAACGAUCGUCGAUUUCAACGUUCCUACAGGAAUGAUUUGCAAGAGAGAAACGAUGAAGUUGGUAAUAGAAGAAAUAAAAGAGAACCGGAAGAUUCUACUUCGAACAGAAGAUUAUUGGCAGAUACGAGAGGUAGAAGAAUGGACACACGAAACAGGAGGAUGAUUAUUUCUUCAAAUCGUUUGAAUCGUAAUGGCGAUGAUUCGACCGUGAGAAAUAGAGAACGUUCCAGAGAAAAAAUGGAAAUUUCGAAAAAUACGUUGAAUUCGAGACGAAGAAUCGAUACUCGUUCGAGAAUUUCAACACUCGACGAUGAUUCGAGAGCGAGAAAAGAAAAAAUUUACGACGAUUCGAGAUUUAUACGAGAGAAAAGGGAAAACGAAAUGAAAAUUUCAGAAAAUCGGGAAAAUAAAAACGAAAGGAAAAUAAGAAUAAACAGCAGAAGAUUUUCUUACGGACACGAUAAAUCACAAGAAUAUAAAAUAAAUCGCGAUGGGCAUAAUUUAACGGUUAUUAAUGACGUCAGAGUUAAUAAAAAAACAACAACGAAAAAUUGGAAUUUAUUCGAUCGAAUAAAUGAUUUAAAGAUAAACGAUUGGACCGUGAAUUGUUUAAUCGGUGCUCUCGCUUACUAUACGACAACAGCAACAGCAACAACAACAACCAAAAAUUAUUAA